AUGCUAUGUCUCAUCAAAUUGGUAAUUGGGUUGUUGUGUCUAAAUUUGACUCGUGCGUUGUCUCAAAAACACGAAAUUGAACAUGCCUUGGUGUUGUACGAUCCAGAGUUGAUACCAUUGAACGAGACAGCACCUUCAUUACCACCAGACGUGGCCAAGUUUAUCAAUUUCUUGAGUUCGAAAUUUGAGACUGCUUAUGCUGACUAUAAUGACGAAGAAGUGCUGUUGUUUUACCAGGGCAGCUUAAGAUUUGACCAUUUGGUCUUGUUUCCCUCCCUGAAAAAGGCCAUCAAGAACAAGUCCAAUUUGAACCAACGUCAAUUGCUCAAAUUCAGUAAUGAAGGAGGCAACAUUUUCGUUGUUGGCGGCUCAAACAACGCGUUGGUGGAUGGCAUCCGGUCCUUUUUGAACGAAGUGGGCAUCCACCCUGCUCCCAAGAACUACCACUACAUUGACCACUUCAACUCCAAAGAUGGCAUUGUUGAGUUGACCGAGGAGGAGAAUCUCGUCGAGGGCAACAGGAUCUUGACCUCGUUGCAAACGAGUGAAUUCAGCGGCGGCAGUGCGGCUUUGGUUUCCAACAGCGAGUUGAUUCAACCUAUUGUCAAAUGCUCCAAGACUGGGUACACCAACAGAGUCGACGAGGUGAUCAGCGGCGAGACUACGUGGACUUUUGGCGAACAAGGGUUCUUGGCCGUAGCUUUGCAAGCGCUUAACAACGCCAGAUUAGUCUGGAUCGGCUCAACUGACUUGUUAGCCGACGACUCACUAUACAAAUGGGCGUUCCAAGAGUCUGGUGUGAUUAAAUUGCAAUUUGUUCAAUAUGUCAAGGCCAGCGAACCGUAUAUCCCCGAGCCGCAACUAUGGAAGAUUAAAGAUCAAGCCAUAUAUACGAUUGGCGUUUCAGAAUACGUGAAUGGCGAAUGGGUCCCAUACAAAGUCAAGCAAGACGACGAGCAAUUACAAUUGUCAUUCAAGAUGUUGGACCCUUACCAACGAUUGAACUUGAAGCCAUUGGGUCCAGUCAGCUCCACUGAGAAUGGCACGACUUUAGACACCUAUGCCUAUUUUGCAAACUUUACUAUCCCUGACCAUCACGGCAUGUUUACUUUUGAGUUGGACUAUAAAAGAAAAGGAUUGAGUUAUAUCUUGGAUAAGAAGGUUGUCACGGUUAGACAUUUGGCCAAUGACGAGUUCAAAAGGUCCUGGGACAUCACCAACUCAUGGCUAUACAUUGCAAGCACUGUAUUUGUGAUUGUUGCUUGGUAUUUCUUUGUGAUGACUUAUAUCUACGUUGGGAAAUCAAACACUGCAAAGAAGAACGUGUAA